CCAACUAGCCAAGGCGCCCACGACAGGACGCGCUUCGCCCAUCUGAAAUCCCGGGACCAACCAAAAGCCUUCCCCGGCGUCUCCGCUGACCGCGGCGCCGCCGCGCCGACCGCACCCCAUGGCCGGCUCCACCGCGGUGCUGGCUGCCAUCCUGCUCGUCGACCUCGCCGCCUUCGGCCUCGCCAUCGGCGCCGUGCAGAGCCGCCCAUCGGCGAGGCUGGAGAUCGACGAGCGGAAGGAGUGGACAUACUGCGCGUACCGCCCGGACGCGGCCACGGCGCUGGGCGGCGUCGCGCUCGCGCUACUGCUCGUGGGCCAGGCUGUCGCCGCGUUCGCCAGCCGGUGCUUCUGCUGCGGCGCCGCCCUGCGGCCCGGCGGCUCCCGGGCUUGCGCGCUCGUCCUCUUCCUCUCCUCCUGGGUGACAUUCAUCAUCGCUGAGGCGUGCCUGCUGGCUGGUCUGGUGCAGUCCGCGUACCACACCGGCUACCGGAAGGUGUUCUUCCAGAACCCGCCGGACUGCGCGACGGUGCGGAGGGGCACGUUCGUAGCUGGCGCGGCGUUCGCGCUGUUCACCUGCGUGCUCACCUCGGCCUACUACUACUGCUUCUCCAAGGCGCGAGUCAACUUCCACCGCCGGGAAGUCACCAUCGGCAUGACCCCGUUGUAACCGUCUCUCUGCUACAAAUACAAUGAUUUGCCACAGAAGAAAAAAUUGGGAAACGCGCAUCAGUUGUGUUGUAGUAAUAACAGUUUUGAUAGCAAUGAUUUGUGUUCUUAGCUUUUGCACAUAUUGUGUAUUUGUUUCCGGCUGGGAACUGAGUUGAGUCCAUGUACGAGGAUGGCUGAUGGUGCUGGACUUGACUGUCUUUAUUGAAUGGAGAUUUCCUGUGCCUGCCGUGGCUUCUUUAA